ACACAUGUUUACAGGUAGUAGUCAGAAAUCAGCUUCAAAAUAUAGCUUUUGAAGCUUACUAUAAGGCAGGUACGCAUAAAAUAAACAUGCAGUAUUUAAAACUGUCUGUAUCAAGGAGAUAUAAGUUUUUAGACAUCGUCUCUGAAAAGUAUUUGUGGAUGCUGUUAAAAUUUUCACGUAAUUGGAGGAUGUGAAGCAGUCAAGAGGUUAGAUUCAUCUAGAAAAGUGAUCCAGAUAAAGUUAAGUUCUCGUUUAAAAUGACAAGUGAAGUGGUUUAAUGUGAGAGGCCAAACAUGGACGAAGAGGAUAAUCUUGAGACGCUUGGUGAACAACUUUACUCUCUCAUUUACCCCAAACAUAAAGAGGAUGCUGGAAAACUAACUGGUAUGUUACUGGAGCUGCCAGCUUCUGUUCUGAGUCAGAUGCUGCAGAAUGAGAGCAUGCUGACAGCAGCUGUGGAGAAAGCCCUCAGAGCUCUGCAGCUGUCACAGGAGUCCAGUGAGGUGACACAUAAGGAGGAGGAGGAUGCGUCUGUAUCCUCCGACUCUCUGGGGGAGCAGCUGUUUGAGCUGGUGGAUGUUUACAACACUGGACAUUCGCAGAAAAUUACAGGAAUGCUCCUGGAGCAGCACAAAGAUGCAGUUCGACACCUUCUAUCAGACUCUAAAGUGCUGGAGAAGCAAGUGAACCUCGCCCUGAAGACACUAAAAGAGAUGAACCAGGGGGAGACAGAUGUCAGUGACUCCUCAGAGGCUGAUGAUACUGACAGACUGGGAGAGAAGCUCUUGUCCCUUGUGGAAGAAAUUGAUCCACUUCAUGCAAAUGAUAUUACAGGUAUGAUCUUGGAAAUGGACCCAGCCACUCUCCAACAACUACUCAGUGACCACACAAUGCUGGAGGCUGCUGUUCAGAAAGCACAAGCAGCCCUGAAUACGUAGAGCUGAACCUUCUCUUCUCCCACAGAGGAUUUCACGCACUGAAUAUGUUUAAUAAUCACUUAAUUUGAUAAACACAGACAAUAUAAAGCUUGUAAAGCCUUUUUUUUGUUUUAAACUGACUGCAUAAAGUUUGAUUGGAUUUAUAUAGAAAACAACUGAAUCGCCUCUCUAUCCAACUGGAGAACAUUUUAUGGUUUGUUUUUCCCAGAAAAAAAUGACUGAACAUGUGCCUGUGUCUAAUGAAAAAAAAAAGAUCCAUCAAUACUGCUCCGUCUGAAAGCCGGACUUCCACAAGCGAUCAGACUCAUUGCGUGAUGAAAUUGUUUACAGGGAUCCACAAGAAAGAAUUUCUUUUAAAGGAUCAAUAAGAUGUGUUGAUCUAAAUGCUGCCAACCAUGAAGUUAUGUUUAGUUUUGUUUUUAUACUGUACAUAAAAUUAUCUAAUUGUAUUUACCAUCUGAAAAUACAAGUAAUUAUCUAUAUCUAAGGAGACUCCAUAUUUUUGGCCAUUCUUGUGACUGCAGUGUCACAAAACCGUAGACUUUCUUGACAAAUACUAUUAUUAGCAUCUGUCUAAGCCUUGUUUCUGCUGCAGUGACUAAUUAUGUUGGUUUAUGGGCCAAAGUGCAAUAGAAAGCUUACAGUAAAUAGUUGUGCAUCUGCACUUUGCAGUCCUCCCUUUCAUAUCUCAGUCUGAAAACAGCUGUAAUCCUACUAUAGGUUUUGCAUGUGUAAACAUUUCUGUUGUUAAAAAAGAUGAAUAAGUUUACUCACUUGGUCUGAAUCUGGCACAGCUGUGUCACAUGCAGAAAUAUAAAGCACAAGAGAUCCUGGUGGAUUCUGCACAGUCAUCCUGUUGUCACACUGGUAAUGAAUUUUCAUUAUCAGCUUAAACUAAUGAAGUCUUGUGAUUCAAAGAAUUAAAAUUGGGGAGUAACUUUGGGUGUAAUUAAGUGUUUUUGUUGAGUAGUUGAUCACGCUGGUGCAUUUUUAUAUAAAUGUAGUUGAAAAUAAAUGGAAAAUUCACCAUGAUUGGACUAGGAUUGGACUAGGUUUUUGGAUCUGGUAGGAUAAACAUAACACAAAUUUCCCCAGAUUACAGUAAAUGUUUAAGUUAAUAAAAAGAAGUUGCUUCUCCCUGGUGGACAAACUAUUUAAAAACUAAACCAUUUCUGAAUGACCUCAAAUUUAGGCUUUUCUUACCCAUUACUUUUUUGUGUUUGAAUGCUAACCAUCGUUUGCACCGAAUUACUGAUAUUUGGAAUGAUAAUAAUCUGAUUGUAUAAAAAUAAAUUCCAACACUCA